UUUGUCCCUCAAAAUAAUCCGAAUUUGUCUCUUGUAUUUAUAAACCAGCUCGUGUUUCCUCUCUCACGGAUUCAAGGAUCUCUAACCCAACUCUUUUUUUCUUUUUGCUAUCCAUUUUGCAGAGAUCCUUAUCUAUCUCAUUCCAGGACACAAUGGCGAAUGCAGUGUCUGGAAUGGCAGUGCAAGAUGAGUGCAAGCUCAAGUUCUUGGAAUUAAAAGCAAAGAGAAACUACAGGUUCAUUAUAUUCAAGAUUGAUGGCCAGGAAGUGGUGGUCGAGAAACUUGGCGGCCCUGAAGAAAGCUAUGAUGAUUUCUCUAUCUCUCUCCCUGCCGAUGAAUGUCGCUAUGCUGUCUUUGAUUUCGACUUCAUUACUACUGAAAAUUGCCAGAAAAGCAAGAUUUACUUCAUUGCUUGGUCACCAGAAUCAUCAAGGGUGAGGAUGAAGAUGGUGUACGCGAGUUCAAAGGACAGAUUCAAGAGAGAACUGGACGGAAUUCAAGUUGAAUUGCACGCAACAGAUCCUAGUGAAAUGAGCUUUGAUAUUAUAAAGGCACGAGCCUACUGAUCUUAACAUCUCCAGCCUUGGCUCUAAGCACUUUCAUGCAUUUCUAGCGUUCUAUUUCCAGUUUCUCUGUUGUGACCUACUGAUCUGUGUUUCUCUGAUGUAAUACUAUGUGCCUUAACAGCAUUCUCUUUCAACUAAACCUUGUAUCAAAUGGUGUUUUUUCGCCUAAAUAAAAUAUCUGAUUGUGCUCUUGUUGCGUUCACUUUAUGUAGCAAAAUAUUUAUAUUGCAAUGCAUCAGAUUAUGCUCUAAUAACCUUUUAGGUUGACUAACUCCAUUGCAUUUUCUUUUUACCAAGAGAAUUUGCCAUCUGUCUGUACGCAGCUCUACAACUUCGUGCCCCUCUUUUGCCAAAAAACAAUGAUUUGGGAUUUUAAGAAAUUAAAGAUCUGUUAAUCAAACUAAAACUCAAAUAUCAUGAAAUGUAAGUGUGAUUU